AUGACUACGGGCCAGUUGGAUGCUCAUUUAACUAACGGGCACAACGGUCACGCUCAUCCACCCGCAACAAUCAAGAAAACCAAAGCAAAGAAAAAUAUGCCUAAUGACGAGGCUUCGCGCCUGCUCCAUGCGCGUAUAUCGCAGUUGGAGCAGGAUGCGGCGGGAGAGAAGGACCAAGAGUUAGAAAUUGAACGUGAAGUAAAGAGGGCGAAUCGAGAUCUUCUUCAGCAGGUUUCUAAGAUGGACAACAUGCAAAAGAUCGAUCACCUUACCAAGAGAUCCAGCGAACUCCUGGCCGAUAUGCGACGACUGGAGCGUGAGAAUCAGAAGAACAAGCGACGUGGGGACAACCUACAGAAGGAGAGAGAUGCAAGCCGAACGGAACUUAGUAAGACUGUGGGUUUGAAGGAGAAGUUGGAAAAGCUUUGUAGGGAAUUGCAGCGUGACAACAACAAGAUGAAGAACGAGAACAAAGAACUUCAGACAACUCAGAAGCGUAACAACACACACUGGGACGAGAAGUACGCCACUCUAUUAUCGAAACUGGAAGGCUACCAAGAAGAAAAGGAUACGCCAAAGAAACAAGUUGUAGACAUGGAAGUCGACGAACUUUUCCGAGUCCGCUUCAAAUCCUUUAUCGAGCAAUAUGAGCUCCGAGAGCUGCAUUUCCACUCGCUAAUGCGCACCAAAGAACUCGAGGUCCAGUACCACAUGGCGCGAUAUGAGAGAGAAAAGAAAAAUGCCGAAGCAGAAUCGACCAAAGCUCGACACCUUCAAGGGCAAGUCCAAGCUUUUACCAAGACCGAAACUGAGCUUAGAAAUCAACUCAAUGUGUACGUCGAUAAGUUCAAACAGGUAGAGGAUACCUUGAACAACAGCAAUGACUUAUUUUUAUCGUUUCGCAAGGAGAUGGAGGACAUGUCCAAGAAAGGAAAGCGAUUAGAGAAAGAGAACGAGGCUUUGAAGCGCCAAAAAGAAGCGACAGCUGCCAACAUCAUCCGUAUGGCCGAAGAACGGCAGGACUGGAAGAAGAAGACAGAAACCGCCGAGAAGAAGACCGAGAAGCUCAGGAGCAUCAUCCAGCAGAUGCAGCAACAGGGUCGUAAGGUGCCACCCGGCAUGAUCAACACUGUCGAGAGCGGUUACUCGGAUAGUCACGGAGGAAACGAGGGCGACGAAAGCGACUACUCUGAUGAAGAGGGCGAAGAAGAAGAACUUAGCGAGUUCGACGACGAUACAGAGGAGGAAACACAAGGCAACGAUCAAGCGACGCCAGUAGCAUACGGUCCUGAGCGUCCUCCUCAGCCAGUUACCUCGGCCGCGACAAACGGGCACUAG